UAUCUGUGAUCGCUGUCAAAAAAUGGCUGGAAUAACGUCGCAUGUUAUUAUUUUUUGUUUUCCAUUAUAAUAAAAUUCGUCUAUUGAUUUAUCAAUUAUAAUAAAUAAAAUAAUCUGUAACUAACUAUACUGUGAAAUUACCAUAUUUACCUUACACAAGUUUGUCGUGAAAAUAGCAAAAUCAACGACACAGCAUGGACGAUGAAAAGAAGGUUAUGUUUCAUGAAAUGGAGCUUGAUGAUCGACUUUUGAAGGCAAUAUCCGAGCUCACAUGGCGUGAACCCACGUUGAUCCAAGAAACUGCCAUUCCCUUGUUGUUAGAGGGCAAAGAUGUACUCAUGAGGGCUCGAACAGGUUCAGGAAAGACGGCAGCAUUCACGAUACCAGUAAUCCAGAAAAUAUUGAACUUGAAAAAUACAAGUCGUCACCAGUGUAUUUAUGCUUUGAUAUUGUCACCAAGCAAAGAGUUAUGUGGACAGAUAACAUCAGUUAUAAAUGAUUUGAGGACAAAAUGUGCAAGAGAAGUUAGAUGUGUAGAUAUAUCGGCCAGCGGAGACAUGCAGACACAGAAAUCGUUGCUUAUGGACAAACCGGACAUUAUUGUUUCGACUCCUUCAAAAGCUUUGGCACAUUUGAAAGCAAAUAACAUGCGUUUAAAAGAUGACUUGGCUAUGCUCGUGGUAGAUGAAGCAGAUUUAAUAUUCUCUUUUGGAUAUGAAGACGAAAUCAAGGAACUAUUAGGUCAUUUACCAAAAAUCUACCAAGCUGUACUAGCAUCGGCAACACUUUCAGAUGACGUUCUAAGUCUAAAGAAGAUUGUCCUUCGAAAUCCCGUCACACUCAAGCUAGAGGAACCAGAACUUGCUCCGUCAUCUCAGUUGCAGCAUUACCACUUGUUUGCGGAGGAGGAUGACAAAGCGGCCAUAUUAUAUGCGUUGCUAAAACUGAAUCUUGUGAGAGGGAAGAGCAUAAUAUUUGUCAGAACUGUAGAUAGGUGUUACAAGCUCAAACUAUAUCUUGAGCAGUUCAAAGUCGGUUCGUGUGUCCUCAAUUCAGAGUUGCCUGCAGCCGUCCGGUGUCUCUCAGUAGACCAGUUCAACCGGGGAAGGUAUCAGAUUAUCAUUGCAUCCGAUGAGAAAGCAUUGGAGAAACCAGACGGAGGCAUUCUGGCACCUGAGGAUCAAAUUAAUACUAAGAAAAAGAAGAAAGAUAAGCAAACGUCAAAGCGGAAAAGGGACAAGGAAUCGGGCGUGUCCCGCGGCAUCGACUUCCAGAACGUGUCGAACGUGAUAAACUUCGACUUCCCGCUCGACGUCAGCUCAUACGUGCAUCGCGCGGGACGAACCGCCAGGGGGACCAAUCAGGGUUCGGUCCUGUCGUUCGUGUCAAUGCGUGAGAAACCUCUUAUGGAUGCAGUAGAAGAACACUUGUCCAAAGGAUUCAAUAACCAGAAAGUUCUACAAAAGUACGAGUUCGCGCUAGAAGAAGUGGAAGGCUUCAGGUACCGGUCGCGCGACGCGUGGCGGGCCGUCACCCGAAUCGCCGUGAGGGAGGCUCGCUUGAAAGAAAUCAAGCAGGAACUGCUCAACUGCAAGAAACUACAGGGUUACUUCGAAGACAACCCAACUGACUUGAUAGCACUCAAGCGUGACAAGGCCCUGCAUACUGUGAGGCUGCAACCGCACCUGUCCCAUAUACCGGAGUACCUACUGCCUGCUGCUCUGAGGACAGACGACCCGGAACCGGUGGAGGCGGAAGAAGCGCCUCAGCCUCCUCAGAAGAAAAAGAAACCUAAUAAGGAGUACGGGAAUGUGAAGAAGUUGAAACGACAGGCCCGCCGUAACGACCCCCUUCGAAGCCUUGAAGUGAAAAAGACGCCGGCAACAGACACGUAGCGAUUGUUAGUAUAAUAAAUACUGAAUGUUUAUACAGUUUCCUUGUUAACUUACCAGUUGAACCUUUUAUACAGUUGCUUGUAAAUUGUAAAUAAAAGCACUUGUUCAAAUGUC